UUUUGUCUGUUUGUAUGAUAUUUCCAGCUGGCUCUGAUGUUGUUCUUGUCUCAGGCGCAGGAGCUCUUCUUCUUUCAUGAUGUCAGUCCUGGCAGCUGUUUCUUCAUGCCUAAAGGAGCUCAUAUAUACAACACGCUCACUGACUUUAUAAAGAGUGAGUACAGGAGGCGGGGCUUCAGCGAGGUCGUGACCCCGACGCUGUACAGCACGUCUCUGUGGGAGCGAUCGGGUCACUGGGAGCAUUACAGUGAGAACAUGUUCACGGUGACCUGUGAGCCGCACACCUUCGCUCUCAAACCCAUGAACUGUCCCGCGCACUGUCUGAUGUUCGAGCAGCGGGUGCGUUCCUGGCGAGAGCUACCCAUCCGCUGGGCAGAUUUUGGCGCGCUGCACCGUAACGAACACUCAGGGGCUCUGGGGGGUUUAACCAGAGUCCGGCGCUUCUGCCAGGACGACGCGCACAUCUUCUGCACACCUGAACAGCUGGAGGAGGAGAUCACGGCGUGUUUGGACUUCGUGAGGAGCGUGUAUCGUGUCUUUGGUUUCUCCUUCCACUGUCUGCUCUCCACGCGGCCCGUGCCCUGUCUGGGAGAGCCGGCCCUCUGGGACGCUGCAGAGCAGCAGUUGGAGAGCAGUCUCAAGCAGUUUGAGGAGCACUGGGAGCUGAAUCCCGGAGACGGGGCGUUUUAUGGACCAAAGAUCGACAUCCAGAUCCGAGACGCUCUCGGCCGACAGCACCAGUGUGCCACGAUCCAGCUGGACUUCCAGCUGCCCAUCAGAUUCAACCUGCAGUAUACUGGGGCUGAUGGACAGAUGUACAGGCCGAUCAUGAUCCACCGGGCCGUGCUGGGCUCCCUGGAGAGGAUGAUCGCUAUCCUGGCCGAAAACUUCAGAGGGAAAUGGCCUUUCUGGUUGUCGCCAGCGCAGGUGAUGGUCGUGCCUGUAGGGGGCGGCAGUGAGACGUACGGACAAGAGGUGGUCUGCAGACUAAGGGAAGCUGGAUUCAUGGCUGAUAUUGAUGAUGAUCGUGGAAGCACCUUAAAUAAGAAAAUCCGCUCGGCGCAGCUCGCACAGUACAAUUAUAUAUUCGUGGUGGGAGAGAAGGAGUGUGCGAGCGGGACUGUGAGCGUGCGGACGAGAGCAGGGAAGCAGCUCGGCCAGAAAUCACUGCAGGAAGUGAUGCGCUCACUGAAUGAACUCAGACAGACACGCAGCAAUCAGGAGGAGCUUUAAACGCUCGCGUGAGGAAGAGAUACGGCUCUGAACACACGGACACAAACCACGGCAGAACCAGUGCCCUGCUCAGACUUCAUAAGUGCUGUUAUCAGCUUCAUCAGAUCCCUGUUGAGUUCUACAGAAACACAAACACAUGCAUUUCAGCAGUGGACCUCUGAACCUCGAGUGCUGCCGCUGCAUUAAUAAAACAAGAAAUUACUUUUAA